AUGGAGUCCGAGAUCCUCCAAGCCCUCACUGAAUACAAAGAUUGUGUUACGAAACAUAAUCUCUCAGCCGUGAAAAGGCUGGUCGAGUAUGCCGCGACAGAAGAGUAUUUGCCAGAGUAUCUCGAAGAAUAUCCUGAAGAUGAACGCGCAGAACACAUGGAAGAAACAGAUGAAGAAAUUGCGCAAUUGCGUCUUGAUUGGAUACUCCAGAAACUGGGACAGGGAGGGAGCGAGCUGAUUACUCGACCUGAGGAUGUUCUCACCCACUGGGACGUAUAUUCGCAGCGGAGCGGACUUAAUGGGGCUGCGUUCGAUGACCGAGACUUGGAGAAGAGGUCAGAGCUAAUGAACGACUAUAUUGGUGGGCUUCGCGACGGUUUGCAGGCCCUGGGUGGCGAGGCUCCCGCUUUGGACCUCCCUCAGGACUCUCUUGUUCUUCUUGCCCACGUUGAUACUCUCGAGGGGCAUAAGUGGUACGAGGAGAAAGAUCAAGGCCGGCAAACUGUGUUCUUUAAUGGCUUCCUUGACUACGAUCAAGCUAAGAAAGCUGUGCUUUCCGACGACGGGCUGAAGGAGGACAAUGCCUAUCUAGGCGGCCGAUACCCCGACUAUGAGCAUGUGGUAGCUGGUUGGAAAUGCGGAUCUGCACCUGAAGGUGGCUGUUACAUUAUCUAUGGCCGCCAAAAACUCGAAGAUGAGGCCAGUUGGUUCUAUCACGUCAACAAGGGACAGUUUGGGACAGAAAUGUUCAAGAGUGUUGUCGACUUGCUCAAAUGGUAUCAACAAUACAACAUCCCUGAUGAAGGAGCCGUGGAGUACGCUUGUUCUAUGUUAUGGUGGUAG